CCUCGUCACCACGAAGAGGUCAACCCGCAUAAACCAGAAAUAAGAACACACAGGUGCCUCUCUCUCUUGCGAAAACCAAUCAACAUAGACCAAUUCAAGGAAAUUCAUGCCUUUUUCAUUGUAAAGGGCUUUGGAAACGUGAGCUUUUUCGCCACCAAGCUUGUAGAUUUCUGCAACUCCAACAAGAAACUCAAAUACGCUCUCAAAAUAUUCAAUCAAAUUCCCAACCAAUGCUCUUUUUUGUUCACGUCCAUGAUAAGGGGUCACUCGACAAAUGGAUUUUAUCAAGAAUCCAUUGCCUUUUUUCUUCAUAUGUUGCGCAAGGGGAUCAAGCCAAACCAUUUGACCUUCCCUUUUGUUUUGAAAGCUUGUGGUGCAUUAAUGGGGGAGAAAUUGGGUAAAAUGGUUCAUGCUCACACAGAAAAAUCUGGCUUCUGGUGUGAUUCUUAUGUGCAAAAAUCGCUUUUGGAUCUUUAUGCUAAGUUGGGUUUAUUUGAACAAGCACGCCAAGUAUUUGAUACGAUACCCGCAAGAGAUAUCGUGGCCCAUACUUGUAUGGUGUCCGCAUAUAACAAGGUUUCGGAUAUUAGUUCAGCUCGUCUAGUUUUUGAUAGUGUAUCAGAAAAAGAUAUUGUUCUAUGGACCGCCAUGAUUGUUGGGUACUCUCAAAAUGGGGCACCUGAUGAAGCUUUGGCAUUGUUUCGAAGCAUGAAGAGCACCAGCGUAAAGCCUAAUUAUGUGACACUGGCUAGUGUCAUAUCGUGUUGUGCACAAUUGGGGGAGUUCGAGGAGGCAAGGAUGCUUCAUGAAUCUAUGGAGGUCGAUGAGAGAGCGAAUCCAAUAGUUUGCACUGCUUUGUUAGAUAUGUAUGCAAAAGGUGGCUAUGUAAAAGAUGCUCUUGAUUUAUUCAAUAAGAUGAGCCAAAAAGAUGUAGUCUCAUGGAAUGCAUUAAUAACCGGGCUUUCAAAGAGCGGGUAUGGCACCGAGGCCUUAGAACUCUUUUGGAGGAUAAGAGAUUCGAAUUUGGAGCCAGAUGAGGUCACCUUACUAGGGGCUUUGGCUUCAUGUUCCCAACUAGGAGCUCUAAGCAUGGGUGUAGAGAUUAACAAAUUGGCACAGGAUAUGUGUUUGGAUUCUGAUCCAACAGUGGGGACGGCUAUCUUGGACAUGUAUGCAAAAUGUGGUAAUAUACACGAGGCCCGAAGGGUUUUUGAGGGCCUACAUCGCAGAGAUGUGAUAGCAUGGAGUGCCAUGAUAAAUGCCUAUGCUAUACAUGGAGAAUGGAAGGAAGCAAUCUCUCUCUUCUCUAGUAUGUUAAGGGAAGGUCUCAGGCCUAAUUUUGUGACCUUUGUGGGCAUUUUGGUUGCUUGCUCACAUGGGGGUUUGGUCCCUGAGGGAUAUGACUACUUUAACUCUAUGAGAGAGGUUUAUGGCGUGGAGCCAAGAAUGGAGCAUUACGCAUGUAUGGUCGAUCUCUUAGGUCGAAAAGGAAGGCUUCAAGAGGCGCGAGAGUUCAUAGAUAGCAUGCCUUUUGAGCCAGGGCCGACAAUCUGGGGCUCAUUGCUUGGGGCCUGUGCAAAGCACGGAAAUGCGAGAAUGGCUGAGCAUCCGGCUCGACACUUGUUUGAAUUGGAACCCGAUGACAAUGGAAAUUAUGUGACUUUAUCUAAUAUAUAUGCAAAUUCAUCGAGGUGGGAGGAAGUUAUGAGCACAAGGAAUAAAGAGAGAGAGCAAGGGGAGCACAAGACACCAGGGUACAGUUGGAUUGAGGUUGGGGGUGUCAUCUAUGAAUUCUUAGUGGGAGAUAGGAGCCACCCUCAAAGCCAUGAGAUAUACAGUGUGUUAGGUGGAUUGGCAGUGAACAUGGGCCUAGGGGUUCUAACAUAAGUAGUAAGCUUGAUUCUUGACUUCUUUUACUGAUAUGGGGUUCUUGGAUGACAUUCACAAAAAUAUAAGUAUGGUUGGACCAAUUGAUGGUCCCUGAACUUAGUUCAUCAGUACAAAUAUGUUGUACAAUUACAUUAUAAUACAUUGG